CACUGCGGACGGCUUCCUCAAGGUCGGCGCCAUCGGUGCCUCCAGGGUCGCCGCCGAGGAGACCUUCCACUGCCUACACAAAGCUAAAGAAGAUGUGCAAGGAAGGCGUAUAUUGGGGUAGUGUUGCUGGCGUGUACGUGGGCGUGGAGUAUGGCAUCGACAAGAUCCGUGGUCACCGAGACUGGAAGAAUGCGAUGUUGGGGGGUGCUGUGACCGGAGCUCAGGUGUCUGCAGCAAACAGCGAUGACCGGAAGCAUGUCGUCAGUAAUGCCAUCACAGGAGCAGCCAUUGCCACCGCCGCCCAGUUCUUGAAUCACCUCACCUAUUAGCCUGAUCAUCAUCCUCUCCUCUUUAAUUUUUUUAGGGUAAACGGUAGGUGUUCUACCAAAUCAAUUAAGAGGAGAAACAGGUUCAAUUACAAGCUAGAGAGGGACUAGCUGACACAGAGAAAAACAUAAAAAGAAAAACACAUGGCAAGGUUAACUCCUAAGCAGACUACUCGCUGUGAUCAGGCAUAGAGCCUUGCUCUUCUCCUCUGUUUUCCUCUUGCAAAUAAGCUUCCAGGAGAAGCAGAUCGUCCUUGAUCAGCUCCAACAGUUGAUUCUCGGGCAUUGCUGAUCAGCUCCCAGGAACAGUUAACUCCUGACGCCCAGCAAAUCUCUUCUUUAAUUGAUUUCCAACUUGUGUCUUAACAUUUUUUGGGGGGCAACUUUGUCUUAAUGGUGGCGACGUUAGCAAAAUUAAAGCCAAGCAUGGACGUGGAUGAGUCGAACUUGUGUUCCAUGUGAUGAGCAGCAGAAAUUGAAAUGUGUGGCCUAAAUUUUUAUUUUUUUUA